AUGGGAACAAAUAAACUUCCAAUAUUUCAAUGUCAAAACAUAAUGGUUAGAAUUACAGAAGAAUUGAUUAGAAAAAAAUCUGAACACAAUGAAUGUAUUAUUGGUACUUUGGAGGAACUAUCCCUCCAUCAGGAAGAUGUAGAAAAAAUAGAGAAUGUUGGAAAUUGGUGUAAAGAAUUACAAAUUCUUUAUUUGCAGGCAAAUAUAAUUUCGAAAAUAGAAAAUCUACAUAAACUUAAAAAACUAGAAUAUCUUAACCUAGCCAUAAAUAACAUAGAAUGCAUAGAAAAUUUGGAAAAAUGCGAAUAUCUAACAAAACUAGAUCUAACUCUGAACUUUAUUGGAAACCUUGAAAGUGUUAAUUCACUUAAGAACAAUACUCAUUUAAAGGAAUUAUAUUUGACUGGAAAUCCUUGCAGUGACUUUGAUGGCUAUAGAGAAUAUGUUGUAGCUUGUUUACCACAAUUAAAAAGUUUGGACCAAAAAGAUAUUACCAUAAGUGAAAGAAUUAAGGCUCAGCAAAUAUUUCCAUCAGUUGAACCAAAAAUAAAAACAUUCCAAGAAAAAUACUAUGUAUUUAGAGAAGAGCAAAAAAGGCGUUUAGCAAAUAGUAAUUUAUACGAUUUAGAUAAUGAAACGUUUUGGAAAACAUCGACAGAAAAUUCACCGGAAACCAGGGUGGAAAUUGCAAAAAGAACGCAAAAGAAUAAAGAAUUAAAAAAUAAUCCAGAGAAAGCGCCACCAAAAAAAGAAUAUAGAUGUUUUAGUAAAAAUGGAAGGCCUUUAAAUUGUAAUCAAGCUAAACUAGACUUUACUUUUGAUAUGGACGAUCCUGAAAAAUAUCUACUGGAUGUUGCUGUCUACAAACAUCUUGAUACCAAUUUAAUUGAUGUAGAUCUACAGCCAAUAUAUGUAAAAAUUACAAUAAAAGGAAAAGUUUUUCAAAUUGUAUUUGCAGAGGAAGUGAUAACUCAUAAAAGCACAGCUCUUCGUUCUCAAAUAACGGGUCAUUUAGUUUUAACAAUGCCAAAAGCAAAUUACAAAAAGCCGUUAACGCAAAAUAAACAGAAAUCACUUCCAGAAAAAAAAGUUGUAGAUAAAAAAAAUAACUAUUUGGAAGUUGAACCUAGUAUAGAUUUGGAUUUUAGCAAAAUUGUAGACCAUAAACCUACUUUUGAAGAUAAUUUAGAGGUCCCGCCUUUGGAAUAUGGUUAAUGUAUUGUCCAAUAAAAUUAACAAAC